UCCCAGAGUUCAGGGAAGAUGCGGGACGUGUUAGGAAUCCAGGUGUUCGUGUUGUGUCUGAUGGCGACGUCGUGGAUCACGGCGGCGUCCAGGGGUCCUCAGGAACGUGGGCACCGGCGCCACCUGGGCUCCCACAGGCACAGGGAGAGGCGGAAGGAAGGACAGGUCCUCCAUCGCUCCAAACGAGGAUGGGUGUGGAACCAGUUCUUCGUCAUCGAGGAGUACACCGGACCAGAUCCAGUCCUCGUUGGACGGCUCCAUUCCGACGUGGACUCGGGCGACGGCAACAUCAAAUACAUCCUCUCAGGGGAAGGAGCGGGCACCAUCUUCGUCAUCGACGAUAAAACGGGGAACAUCCACGCCACUAAAACCCUGGACCGCGAGGAGCAAGCGGAGUACACGCUCACCGCUCAGGCCGUCGCCAGAGACACCAACAAACCCCUGGAGCCUCCGUCUGAAUUCAUUGUCAAGGUCCAGGACAUCAACGACAACCCACCGGAGUUUCUGCACGGUCCGUAUUACGCCCGCGUCGCCGAAAUGUCCAACGUGGGAACGUCUGUGAUACAGGUCACAGCCACGGACGCCGAUGAUCCGACGUACGGGAACAGUGCCAGGCUGGUGUACAGCAUCCUGCAGGGUCAGCCCUACUUCUCUGUGGAGCCACAUACAGGCAUCAUCCGGACGGCCCUGCCCAGCAUGGACCGAGAGGCCAAGCAGGAGUACGACGUGGUCAUUCAGGCCAAAGACAUGGGGGGUCACAUGGGGGGUCUGUCAGGGACCACGCAGGUCAAAAUCACCCUCACAGACGUUAACGACAACCCUCCCAAAUUUUCACAAGGUGUGUAUUCCAUGUCGGUGUCGGAGGAUAAGGUACCGGGGGAGGAGGUGGGUCGUCUGAAGGCCAAGGACUCAGAUUUGGGGGAGAACGGGCUGGUGGAGUACACCCUGCUGGAGGGGGACGGUCUGAACGCCUUCGAGAUCAGUAAAGACUCUGAAACUCAGGAGGCCGUCAUCAAACUCAAGAAGACGGUCGAUUUUGAGACCAAGCGCUCGUACACGCUGAAGGUCCAGGCCUCCAACACUCACGUGGACCCUCGCUUCAUCAGCUACGGCCCGUACAAGGACACGGCGGUGGUCAAGAUCUCAGUGGAGGACGCCGACGAGCCGCCCACGUUCAUGGCCCCCAGUUACAGCUUCCAGGUGGAGGAGAACGCGCCGGGGGGCACCAUCGUGGGGCGGGUGCACGCCAAGGAUACGGACAUCGCCAACAACCCCAUCAGAUAUUUUAUCCCGAGCUACACGAACCUGGAGGAGUUUUUCACCGUCAACCCAGAAGACGGGAUCAUCAAAACCACACGGCCCCUGGACCGCGAGACUCAGGCUUGGCACAACAUCUCAGUCAGCGCCACGGAGAUCGGCGGCCAUCAUCAGGACACCAAAGUGCGAGUGAACAUCAAAGUGAAGGACGUGAACGACAACGCGCCGGAGUUCGCCACUCAGGAUGAAGUGAUGAUGUGCGAGAACGUCACGCCGGGCACCGCCAUAAAGACGGUGAGCGCGGUGGACAAGGACGAGAUGGCACACCGGCAGCAUUUUCACUUCAGUCUGUCUCCGAGAGUGGCGAGUAACCACAACUUCUCUCUGAAGGACAACAGAGACAGCACAGCGACGGUGGUGGUGAUGCGCAAGGGCUUCAGCAGGAUGACCCAGGACGUGUACGCGCUCCCCAUAGAAAUCAGCGACAACGGGGUCCCACCUCUGAGCAGCACCAACACCCUUCUGAUCCGGGUCUGCAGCUGCGACGCCAAGCAGACCAUCCUGUCCUGUAACGUGGAGCCGUUCGUCCUGCCGGCGGGUCUGAGCACGGGCGCCCUCAUCGCCAUCCUCGCCUGCAUCGUCAUUCUGCUGGCCAUCGUGGUGCUCUUCGUGGCCCUGCGGCGUCAGAAGAAGGAGCCGCUGAUCGUCUUCGAGGAGGAGGACAUCCGCGAGAACAUCAUCACCUACGACGACGAGGGCGGCGGCGAGGAGGACACCGAGGCGUUCGACAUCGCCACCCUGCAAAAUCCCGACGGAGCCAACGACUUCCUCCCACGCAAGGACAUCAAACCGGAGCUCAGCUACAGCGUCCAGGCCGGACUGAGACCCGCCGGCAGCGGGGUGGACGUGGACGACUUCAUCAAGACGCGAGUGUGCGACGCCGACAACGACCCCACGGCGCCUCCCUACGAUUCCAUCCAGGUGUACGGCUACGAGGGAAGAGGCUCCGUCGCCGGAUCGCUCAGCUCGCUGGAAUCGGUGACCACCGAUUCGGACCUGGACUACGACUACCUCCAGAACUGGGGGCCACGUUUCAAAAAACUCGCCGACCUGUACGGCACCAAAGACUCGGCCGACGACAACUCUUAACGAAGAAUCACGUCCGCGUUCGGGACCUCCCCGGAAUAAACACCUCCCCUUUCUCGUCACUUCCACUAACGACGUGUGCUGUGUGAAGUUUACUAUAAGCAAUUCCAUUUAUUUAGAUCGGUUUCUUUCAGUAUACGAUGAGUAUACCACGAACAAGGGAUUUUUUUCUCUAGGCGCGACUGAGACGGACCAGACGAUGUAGAUGCGUUAAAUAAUGAAGGAAUAAUAAAGUAUGAAGGAUAUAAAGAGAGAAAGAGAGACGCCUGUGUGGGACGUACGGAGACGUAAAGAAGUAUUCACCAACCUGGGACGUUACGUAUUCUGCAUUUUGUUUUGCUGAUACUGUGAACGAGCUCACGCAGGACGAAACAAACUGUUGCCUUAUUAUUAACAACACGAUACACAGGAGAGAUCAGCGAAUUUAAAUGUAUUCCUCUUUAGCAGCGCCCCCAACAGGCCGGGAGGAGCAAUCCAACUCGCCAAAAAGGCUUUUUCUUAUUAUUUUUUUCUCUUUUUUAUACUUAGUAUUUUUUCUUUGGACUCUUCCAGAUCCACUCAAGGCAAAUCAGAUCUAGUACACAACAAUUAAAAAGAAAUAAUCAAAUAUACAAUUUCAUUUGAAAUGAAAUCACACGGAAGCAACGUGAGCUCAACAAUCGCCUUAAAUCACGGACACUCCCGCAGCGAGGUGCAUUGCUUUUCUAACGUGAAAGCAAAACUAUAUCGUGAAGCAAAACUCAACCCCUUAUAACCUGUGUACAGUACAAACGUGCAGCGUGUCUCCUGAGGAUCAAACCCGCACCCAAGGGUUCACGGUUUACCCGUACGUCUUUUUAUUACCAUUGAUUAUUAUUAUUAUUAUUAUUAUUAUUAUUAUUAUUCUAUGUUAUCAUUAUUUUUGACUAUUUUAUAAUUUACCGGGAGGCUUUUAUGUUUUUUAUUUUAUUUUAUUUGACGUAUUUUAUUCUCAGCUGAAAGAAAAUAGCAAUCUGUCGUGUGGCGGCGAGCAGACGAACGGCUCAUUUCUAUAUGUGGAUUUUAUGGUACCUAUUUGUACAAUUUUAAAAGUUCUUAUUUUAGUAUACAUACGGAUAUCAGUAUUUGGAACAUGUAAGAAACUGUUACAGCAUCACACUUAUAUUUUAUGAACAUUGUACUGUUGCUUUAUUAUGUGCUUCAAUCUACGAAGCGGAAAACUUUGAAA